UCCGUUUGAAUUGUCGGAUCGGAUCGUUUAAUCCUAAGGUCGUAGUUAAGGGAGUAAGACUAUAAAUAGGGAGCCACUUUUUGGUGCCUAGGGGAGGAAGGAACUCUGAUUAUUGAUCCGAGAAAGUUAGAGAAGAAAAUUUAGGAGAGUUUGGUUAGAAAGGUUUCAUUGGAUAGACUUAGAUACGUGUUCGCGGAAGUGCUUGCCCCUCGUUGAUUGAUCUUGUUCUCUAAGUAACAUUGGAAUCACCUCUGUGCGAAAACAGGUAACAUUGAAACCUAAAACUCGCUGUGAAAACAUGUAUAAGAGAGAAUGGUCGAGCUUAUUAAAUAUUAAUGGAAGAUGAUUACUUGCUCUGUUUGAUUGUUAGAAGCAUAGUUUCUUUGUUCUAUUGCUUUAUUUAGUGGUGAUCACCUUGAAUAUAUUCUGAUCUGUUUCAUCUUGUGCUAAACUUGAUUUUGGUCUUUUUGUUUUACGGCAUAAGUGGGUCUGUCUGAUCAAACGUUGCAUCAUAUAGUUUGUGUUGCUCAUUCUUUCAAUGAUCAUCCUUUUUUUUUAUUUGCAUAACUAAUUAAUUAAUAUUGGUCAUAUCAUAAUCUUUAGUUAAUAGCUUUAGGAAAGCAUCUCAUAAGCAGUCUGUUCAUGCCAACACAUGCAUAGUGGUCAGACGGUGUCCAUAUCGUUUGCAAUAUUGUUUGGUGCAAUUCCAUAUUGAGUCAUGCCAUGUUUACCUCCUUGUUCGUUGGCAACUAUGAUUGAUGAGAAAUUGAAAAUAAUAAUAAUAAUAAUAAUAAUUGUUAGGAAAAUAAUAAUAAUAAUAAUUGUUUGGGUAACUGUUUCGUCUUAUUUGGGAUUCUAUUAAGGUGUCAUAAUAAUAAUAAUAAUUUCUCAAUAAUAAUAAUAAUAAUUUCGAUAAUUUGGUGAUAAUAAUUCUGGUAAUAAUAAUAAUUUUGAUAAUUUUGGUGAUAAUAAGAAUUCUUUUGAUUUGACCGGGUUUGUUUCCAUUUUACAGGAUUCAGUGCAUCGUUACUUAGCUUGAUAAUUUAAUUGGUAAUUUUAUGAUUUUAUUUCAUUAUUUGUUAGUACGAAUUAGAACCCUAAAAUCCCGAUUAUAAAGUAGAGGCCAAUUUUCGAAAUGGACGGGUUAGGUGCCUCACACUUUUCUAGCACGUAUCUUGAUUUCCGGAUUUUUUUCUUUGUUUUGGACCAGUGUUUCUUUUGGGUCUCAAUUCCCUAAAUUGGGUGACGACUUCCCUUAUUAUUAAUUUUCCACGUGAUCCCCAUUUAGAUAUUUAGAAAUCCUAAUGAAUUUCGAUGAUAUCUACACGCGUUCCAGGGGUGUCUUAAGAUCCCACCGUUCCUUCUGACUUACAAGAUUUUGAUCCUCGUACUAAACUAGCUGCCUUCUUGGCUUAUUGGCUUGGUCAUGACUUGUCCGGAUACUCCAAGAAGGGCACUAUCAAGGAUGGUGUACUUAUUAUGGCUGUUCUCAUGUCCAGGGGUGUGACUUACCCUUUGGCUUCGAUGUGUCUAGGAGGAUUAUAUCAUCAUUUGGAUGUUCUGUUCCACGACCUCCGGCGGGCCAAUGAUGAGACCUUCACUGUUCAGUCUUGUUCAUACAACCUUUUUUCAAGUAUGGUUAUGGGCGCAUUUUCGAGGAUGUUGCCCAAGGUUGAAGGAAUUAAACAUUGUUGGUAAGAAGAUCUAUAUGGACAAUAGAGGUCGACAACGUCGUGCGCGUGUGACGGUUGGUCACCAUAGGAUGGAUUUAUAUGAAAGGGUCAUGUCCAAGAAAGAGUUUAAUUUCUGUGAGCAGUUGGACAAAAUCGAGGCGUUCACCUUUUGUCCAUAUAACUAUGAUAUUUGUGGUCUCGCUCCCUAUGUUUUUGCUGUCGAUGAACCUGAUUAUUGGUAUCAUAUCAUACCUAAUGUUGCAGUUGGUAUUGACUGUGACUGGGAUUUUAUUGCAGCGACUAUUCCCUGUUCUCUCCUUGGCUUCUUCGGGUAGGUACUUUGUUAUUUCUUAUAAUAUUGAGAGCGCGGCGCGCCAAGCUAGGAAGCGUCAACGCCCUAUUAUUGGUCGACAAUUAUUAGUAACUCGUAACUGGCAAAGCUUCUGGUCUCGUGAGACUAAAGCUUUGAGGGCCUUUUGUUCUUCUCCUUCUGUUCGUGAUGCGGCUCCUGACGUCAUCUCCACGCAGCAUAGUGAUCGUAUAACGAUACCUCAAAAAGUCCUCGCUGAUUCCAAGCUUCAAUCUUGUUCCAAGGGAAAGAAUGUGGGUUCUGGUCCUUGUAGUAAUCCUAUAUCAUCUAGCACCCAGGCUCAACUCAAGGAGAUGCUUUCAGUGCGUCGAGUCUUUGUUACCUUUGCUGGGUCUGGUACUAGUAGUUUUCCGGAACCGCGCACUCCUGUUGUGGAUCCAGUUUCGCCUCUUCCUAUUGACUAUUUGGAUGUGUAAGGUUGGAACACGCCUGAAGGGUGUUACGGCGAACUCCGUAUCAUGGCCAAGACCUUAAUUUUGUUGGUAAAAAAAUAUGUCUCUCUCGCCCCCUCCUUUUGUCGUCAAAGGAAAGGAAAUAAAAACCAUCAGUUUUUUUUAUUUAUUAUUAUUAUCCUGAAUGAAACCA